CCGCUUUGCAUUUUGAACAUCUGUUCGCUCUUGUGUUGCCUGUGGCAAUAAUCAAAGCCCGUUGCUUCCUGAAAAAUACUCCUAGUUACGGCCAUAUAAAACGCAAUCAAUUAUGGAAAGCAAGGACAAUCGAUCUAAGGACAAACGUCAUAAAAUGAAAAGCCAUUACCGAAAUAAGAGCAAAUAUUGUAAAACAUCGUCAAGCUCUGGCCCGGAACCAAUUAGAGGCUAUGUGGAUGUUGUUGAUUCUAGCGAUGAACGAUUUGUGGAUCGAAAUGAGUGGAUAAAAGGACGAGCACAAAAGGUAACAUCACAAGUUGGAUAUAAUCACGACUUGGUCGAUUUGAACAUAGAAGAUGAAGAGAAUGAACAAAUGAGGGCUGGGGAUUUUAAACUUAUGACUCAACUUCCCAUGUCAUCGGGAGGACACUUUAAGUUCUCAUCGGAGAAACAAUGGGAGCAGGCAGAGAAUGAGUCCUUUUUGGACAACACCGAAGCCAGCGAAUACUUUACAUUGAAUCUCAAAUUGAUUAAUGUGGGCCUGCAAACCAUUCCCUUCUACAAACGCAUGGAUUUCUCAUCCUCUAUGUUUACUAAUGAUCAGCUUAACACUAUGGAAAAGUCAGCAGAGCUGGCCGAGAAAACCUAUCAAAAUGUUUUGAAAGAGCACAUUGAAAAUCCACGAAUAAAAAUCAAUUCUGCCAGCCGUAAAACCAAUUCCGCCAAAAGUCAAAAAUCCCAAGCAUCAAAUGCAAAGAAGCCGUCCACUGAAACUCCUGACGAAUUGGAUGAAUUACUAAAUAUUACCACGGAUCAAAUGUCUAAGGCUAGUAUGCAGUCGGGACGUAAUACUCCUGCGGCUGCGAAUCCACCGGCGACACCGGGAAAUAAUUCUACAGCACCAGCAGACAACAAAGAUGACAUACAACAAUGGUUGGACAAUGUUUUGGAUGAAUGAAGGAUUUGCAUUUACAUAACCGUGCAUAGACUAAGCAAGAAUAUUUUUUUCACGCCAUAGAAACCAUAUGCUUUAAGCUUGUAGAACAAGAAUUUUACAUAUGAAUAUUAAAAAAAUACUGCAAGGAA